AUGGGAAAAGCAAAGGCAUUUUUUAAUCAGUUCACGAAUAGAAGAAAACUUAGUUAUAAAAGUGAAUCAAAAGAAGAAACGUCUCCUGGAAUACCCGCAUUCUUCCAUACGGUGACAUUUCGAACAAUGAUGUCCAACCCCAGUGCCAACAAAAAGUACCCUUUACCGAUGAGCAAGGAAGAAGAACUCAAUUGGAUCAAUGAUCAACAUUAUUUUCUUCGUCAUAUGUGGCAAGGGAAUUUUUCGGCACCUAUUAGCGAUCUAUUGACAAUGGGGGGAGCUAAAGUCCUCUAUGUUGGGUUCGAGUCAGAAAAAUGGCUGCUGGAUACGAGUAAAGAAUAUCCCAAUACAAAAUUUGUUGGGAUAAUCACAAAAGAUUUUUAUUCUUUAACUGAUGAUAAUAGUGAUUGUGAAGCCUUCUCCUUGACCAAUGCUACCUUCUAUAAUAUGAAUUUAUUGGAUGGGUUACCAUUCUCUGAUAAUGAAUUUGAUCUAGUUUUUGUUAGGAUGUAUGAUAAUCCUUUCACAGAACAAGAGUGGGAACAAAAUAUCAUCAAAGAAGUGGUCAGACUAACUAAGCGUGGUGGAUGGCUCGAGUUGAUGCCCACUGACAACAGAGUUUUUAACGCCGGACCCUCUUUAAAAUUAAAAAAUGUGGUAUGUGAAAAACUUCACAUGUUCUUGGCCAACACAAAUCAAAUAUCAUCACACUCGCAUCAGAUAAUGAUAAGACCUGUAGGCAGCUGGGGAAGGGAAUUUGGUGAACUUGGAGUCGCUUAUUUCAAGGGAUUGUCGGCUAAGCUCAAAUCAGAAGUCAUUGGCCACCUUGACAUGACAGAAGAGGAAUAUAAUGUUAUGAUGACAAAAAUGGAGGAAGAAUUCAAUUCUCUCAAAACGUAUAGUUUCUCUCACAGAUUUAUCGCCCAGAAAAAAUAG